AUGCUGGUGGAUGUGCACAAGGCUCAGACCAAGUACGGCCUGAACUCAUUCGCCACCGCCCUGCAUGAAUCUUUCAUUCCAUCGGUAACUGGCGAAUUCAUCAUCAAGAGUCUGGAUGAAGCCCACGAGAUUAUUGCUCGCCUUGAACAAGGAACGACCCAACACGCGAAGCCCAGCGCAGGCGGCGCUCUCACCCUGGUGAAUGAGAUGGCAGCGGAAGGCGUACCGAUUGGCCUGGUGCUGCAAGGUCUAGUCAAGCUGCACGGCGCGCUUGCACCAACCUGCUGCUACGAAGCUCCGCUCUACCAAGGCGAUGAGAGCACUGAGUUCAACCGCUUCGACAUCACAACCCUGCUUCAAGGAUAUGAGCCCAGGAUGCGAUGCCGUCUCUGCGAAUACUCGCUGCAGCCAACCUCCAGCGUUGUUGCAAACGCGGUAGCACCAGAAGAUACGUCGACCCAACUGGAUCGUUGUUUGCACGCGACCAGAAUCAGUGGAUCUCUCGCUACUUGA